UAGGGGCUUCCCUCCGGAACCAAUGCUUGUCAGAAAACGUCCUUUGCAGGUAGGUUCAGACUAAAACAAGCAGACACAUGGUCCUCAUGUCACCUCUUGUUUUGGUUCACGAUUGUUGCGAAUAGUGCUUCAGGCUCUAUUCGCAGGGCCGAAACCACGUGACCAAAACAGCUGACAGCUGUAUUGUCACGGAGUGGUUCCGAAAUCUGCCACCACGCGAAACCAGAGCGCGCUGCGGUUUUCUCUCAACGCCUAUCCCCUUCCUCCCCCCUGCCACCCCACCACGUCUUGAAAAGUUUGUUGCUGUUUGGUUGUGUUCUAUUCUCUUUGUUGUUGUCUGCGCUAUUCUCCGUGACUUGACAUGAAAUUGCACCGAGAAAUUGUCGUCCCUCUGUUUGGCGGUAAAGGUCUGGCGAGCUGAACGGCCGCACGAAUGAUAUCUUACCUGUUUGAUUGACUUGCCAACACCUGUCAAGAUGAACAGCAUAGGCAAAAACAGGCCUAGUAUGCGGGUUUGGGUGAAACCCUCUGCUACCUUUCCCCCGUUUGCCCAGCCGAUGGUUGUCAGUUACUUCAGCUUGGACCAGGACCGGCGUUUCGCCCCGGACCUCUCCCAGCUGCGGUACAUGCACUUGCCGCGCCAAGCCGAGUCCCUAGGCUGGGACCUGAACCACGGCAUUGACAACGUCCAACGGUCUGAUCACGCCAAAAGCAACGAAAGAAUCGACAAUUUACUGCGUGGUGUCCUCGCCAGUGGCCUGGCUGUCAGCCCGGAGGUUGCCUCCAUCAUGUGUCUACGCGGCCUUCUGACGAAGAUUAUGACUACACCUUAUGAACAAAAUCAAGGCUGGGAAAUCCUUGUCAGUAAAUUUCGAGGAGUGAUUUUUCUGUGUGCCCAAGAGACCCCAGAGCAGAGACGAGAACGUAUGAGCAGAGAUGAGGCUCAAAAGCGCUUCUGUCAUUGGGGAUUUAAAUUUGAACAGUACAUGAGUACAGAUCAACCAGGUUGUCCACCAGAAGUCGACAUGCCAGUCAAAGAAGGAGAGGAAUUUUGUUGCCUCUUCAGAACUAAACUGAACGACCGGAGGCUUAUUUAUGGGGCAGAAAUGGAUGCAGUAACAAGUGAUGUACCUCUUGAAGAUUGUUUAGAAGACCUUAUGUUAGCUGAAUUUAUUGAAUUAAAAACAAGUAGAAAGUUAGAAUGUGUGCGUCAAGAAAGAAAUUUUAAGAGAUUUAAAUUAUUAAAUUGGUGGGCUCAAAAUUUUUUAGUUAAUGUGGCACAUAUUAUAUGUGGAUUCCGUGAUGACAGAGGUAUUGUUGAUAAUAUUGCCUUCUAUAAAGUGGAAGAAAUUCCUAAAUUAGCUAAGGAUUUGUGGGUUCCUGCUGUGUGCAUGACCUUCUUGGAUCAAUUUUUAAGUUUUGCUACUAAGACUGUCCGUGAAUGUCCUCAGAGCAAUGAUCCUUUCACUGUGUGGAGAUUUCGCUGGGAACCAGGAGUUCACUUUGUUACAGGUGAUAUGAUAGCUGGUCGAUCUCAAUAUUCAUUUUUACCUGACUGGUUUUUAUCUUCAGUGGUGGGAAGAAAUAACCAUCCUUUUGACUGUGCUAUAAGAAUUUACUCAACAAAACAUGGAAAGACCGUCACAAGAGAUGAUCAUCACGUUCACACAGCUAAAGUGUUCGAGCUUGCAAAGACCCUUGCUAAUCAUAGGGCUAAGAGCAAACGACCUCCUAGCCCCAGAUCAAUAUUGCAAGCGUAUCAGAGGUCGAAGGCACCUGCAAACUUGAUAACUGACUCAUCAUCAACCCAGCCUGUUCCCAAUUCAAACAGCUCUGCCUCAAAUAAUUCAACAGCACCUGCUGCAAAACCAGCUGCUCCCCAUCAACCCCCUCCCCAUGAUAAAAAAGAAGCACCUGCAGUUUCUCAUUCAUCUGAGAGUAGAGUCGGAAAUGAAACCAUGCCAUCGCAAUCUAAGAAUGUGAAUGGGCCCGCAAGACCUCGCUCAAGAAGGCACAGAAGGCGGAAUCGCCAAGACCAUUAUUCUCAUCCUCACUCUUCGUCUCAGAGAAGUGCAGUUGAUAAAUAUGAACGACCUUCAUUCCAAUCAACUAAUCAGCACAAGCGUUCUUCUUCACCUAGAUCAAAAAUAGCCAAGCAAGACAGUAGUGUCUCAGAAAUGGUACCAAAACGGGUUGACCUGCCUCCAAUAGCUGUGGAGACUUCUCAAGAUCAUUUUGAUCCUGUUUCAGAAGAACAGAACUCCGUUUCACCAAAUGCUCUGCAGAAUGUGGACCAAGCAGAGGAUGGGGUCUAUGACUCUACCUUUGGUUCUCUGGAUGAGGGAACUUACCUGAUUUCACAAACUUCGGAAGAUCUGUCGUCCUCCAACACAGCUGAUCAGUUUUCUUCUCAGUCAUAUCUGACAACUCCUUCCUCUGAACAAGAUGACUCUUAUUCUCAGCAUACUAUGUUAUCGAAUUCGCUCUCAUCUCCUUCCAUGAUGUCUGACUGUUAUUCAUCUCAUACGUUCUCAGUCUGUGAUGAUUUGACACCAACCACUUACUUAGUACCCACAGACUCAGACUUCCUAGAACAGGAGGAGUACAUGCAGCAUCACGCAACAGACCAUGCAUACCUAUCAUCUCCUAGCGCAGUUGAAUACAUAAGUGAGCCACCUUUUCUACCUGUCAGUGCAACUGAUGGGCCCGAUGGUUAUUUGAAUGAAUCAACAGAAGAUUUACCCCAAUCCACCCUUCUGACCCCAGUUGCUUCCAUCUCUCAGACUUAUCUCAGUUCUAAUGCCCACAUUUCUUCUGAGGUCAUUCAGACAGCUGAAGGUUCGUUGUCAUCUAUCAAUCAUUCAGCCUAUUUGCCCUCCUCCUCCUCUGCCAACCACUUGACUCUUCAAAUGUAGGUCAUUGAGGGGUUUUGGUUUCUUUACCAUGAGUAUAUGGUAUUGGAAAAAGAAAGCAAAGCAAACUAAUUGAACUGAAGGACAUUCAGUUUCUCUUUGAUUGUUUAUGUGACUGUCCUAGAAAUUGUAUUUGGUUUUAAUUCUGAAGCUGGUUGCAAUGGCCUGAAAAAUUUGGUAUACUAGUCACUUAUGUGUUAUACAGUUAUUAAUUUGUUUAUAUGUAUCUUCUUGCAGAAGAAGGGCCACAAAACAAAUGAUUUCCUAUAUUCUAGGAAGUCUUUGUUUCUAUGUACCUGAUUGUCAUUUCUCUUAAGCGGCAGGCGAAAGCAUUUUUUUAAAAGCUAUUGCAGGAAUAUUUCUUGCCAUUUAGAAUCAUGAUUAGUAAAUUAUGUCCAUUAUCAAUUAUUGUAAUCAAGACACCAUUUCAUAUUUGUUAUUACUACCUCCUGGAUGUAGGUAGGAUGUAGGUUCCACAAUUUGAAAUCUAACUGACUUAUUAUGAACACACAUGUAUUCACUAAAUGUGAAUGAACGAAAUGCUCAUUAGCUUAGAGUAGAUUAUGGCACAAUUUGCGUAACACCAAUGUUGUGUAGUGUACUGAACCAUUUCGAGCUAAUUCCAAUUUGUCUUUUGUCAUACAUUGUGCAAUUCAGCUUGAUAUUUGUUCCUGCCCUAUCUUUACUCUCAUGUUUUAGGGGAAGCAUUUCCAUGAGGACUUAUCUUCUAUGGUGGAUGUUGGGCCUGUAACUGUUCCACAUCUUUAUGAAGUACAAAUUAACCAUUUCUAUUGCUAUUAGUGUAACGUCAAAAGCUAUUUGCUAUUUAUAGUCUUAUUUCCUGAAAGUUGCUUUGUUUAUUCCAUUAGGAUAUGUAAUGCCAUACAGGCCUUUCCUCUCCUGAGAGUCUGUUAAUAUUUAUGCGGUAUUUUGGUGUUAACUGUAUGUAUUCUGGAAUUGAGUUUGCCCUUGUUUUUAUGGUUGUUAUUUUCUUUCAGUAGCACAUCAAAUCAGACACUUAUGUGCAAUUGGGAAAAAACAUCUUUUCCUUUUUUUUUUUGAUUUUUUUCAUGUCAUGACUUGCCCUGUAGUUAAGAGAUUUGAAUUUUGAAUUUACAUUGUAUAUUUGAACAUAACCUGAUUCAAUUUGUACAAAUUAAUUAUUUUAGAAGGUGUAACAUAUUUUGAAAGAAACAAUUUUUGUUUUAUUGUACAUAUCUUUAUUGUACCAUCUGCAUUUUGGCAAGAGAUGUGAAUCAAGAGUUUCUAUUGUAUUUUGAUAUUGAAAACUAAUAUUUUAAGUUGUACUCAGCUUGUGGUAUAUUUUUAAGGUCAGAUGCAAAGGCCUGCUGCUGAACAGAAAUACUUUGGUAUGCCGGUAUGCCACAGUUCUGCCUGUACUCGAUUUUAUUUGCAUGUCCUGUAUUUAGUGUGUUCUGUCAAAUCACUGUAUGUGGUGUUCAUUUUUCUGGGUUCUACCUCAUUCAUUGAAUGAGCCUUACUAUUUUGAAUUUGUGAUAUCAAAAUAACAGCUUUCAGAUGCAGGCCCUUAGUUAGGCAUUUUGCUGUGAUUGUCCGAGUUAUGGUGUGUAUAUUAUAUAGGUGAUGAAACUACAAUUAACAGUAAAUUUUUAAGGUUUGUUGCUGCUCAUAAAAAAAUUAAGGUGUUUCUUUAUCUUCAAAAUUACAAGAUUAUCAUUUCUAUGAAUGUUACACUUGGUAUUUAGGUAAUGUUUAUUUGAAUUAGAUCUCAAGUCUUAACCUGUGAUAAUUCUACAGCAACCAUGUGGUAGUUUGGUAGCUUGUUGUUCCAGAUUUCAGCAUUGUUUAGGAAUGUCUUGAGAUGCAUAUGUUACAAGGUUGUUUAAAAAAGCAGAACACCCUAUUUUAAUCUUGUUUGGCUUCUCAGACAAGAUGUUCACAUAAGGAGUUUGUAUGGUUUGCUUUGUAACCAUACAGUGGUAUUUUCAUAGCUAAACUUAUUCUAACUGUCCCUAUUUAGACUGGUUACUUCAUAAUAUUGAAAGCGUAACUGCAUGUUUUGAACCUUUUUAUCUCCUGAUAUUAUAUUCUGGUUUUGAAUAACUGGUAUGAACAUAAAGUGUGCCACAUGAAUAAAGUUAGCAUGAUUAUUUUAAA